AUGUUUUUUCCAAGACUCCCGUUGACUAAGGGAAGUUUCAUAACGGUCUUUUACACCGUCACAGAUACUCCCAUUGUGGUCUCAACUCUAGAUGGGAGUACGUUGAAGCUAUUUUUAGAGGACGAAGAUGAUUUUGCUGUGUCGGCAGAAAAUGUUUUCACCAAGUUGGAUGAAGAAGACAAAGGAAAGCUUCCAAAGAGCUAG